CGGCCAUCUUCGGAUAGCUUCUGAAUCAUCCAGAAAAGGCAGUCAGAGUUCGGCUGUAUUGUCUGACACAGGCUUGUCAACUCCAGCAAUUGCAGUUGCUACAACAUCCAGGCCGCAGGCUCUAGCCUGUAACACCAUAUGCCGUUUUCCUCAAACCCCGUCAACCCAUCACCGCUUCAGUCAAGGUUGAAGCGGCAUCCUGCCCUGUUCGGUGUCCCCUUUCUUCUCAUCAUAGUUGGCGCCUCGUUUGGUCUUCAGACUUUCACGCAAACCCGAUAUGACCUACAGGAUCAGAAAGUCAAGCAGAUUAGCAACGAGCAAGCUCUAGGUCUCGAUCGCAAGAAGAAAAAGUUUGACAUUAGGGAGGAAUAUUAUAAACUAAGUGCUGCUGGAGAGCAAGACUGGGAACCCAAAAGAAUUGCAAGGCCAAAUGACUUCCCUGAAUUGGGUGUUCCCCCUACUGAACCUCCAGUCAAGUCUUGAUAUAUCUCAGAGUGCCGGCUGCGCUACACUCUUAGCCACUCAAUGUUUCGUGCUCCAUGCGGCCUUCGCUCCGACUUGUGUUAUAGGCGAUACCUCAGUUCUUGUAGCGGUGGGAACCCGCGGGACAUCACUUGCUACGUAGUCGACACCAGGCUGCAUAACAACUCUACCGCAUACGACGAUAUGCAGAUCAGGGCGAGUUUACCUUAGUCCUUUCUAUUCUGUCAUACUUUUACUCCAUAUUUCUAUUCUGAUGCGCCAUAUUGGAUGACGCACAGCGAGUGAAAUUCAAGGCUAUCUUCAUAUCAAUAGAUCAGGACGAGUAAAAAAAAUUGCCGCUUUUAUUUGUCGUCCUUUGUGGUGUACUGCAAAUUUACUGACUAACAUGCGAACAACGGGGUUAUCACA